GGAGCGCUCGCUGGGCACGCGGAGGUCUGCGGCGGCCCCGCACUCGGAGCUUCCCCUGCGCCCCGAGCAGCUGUAGGCACGGUGCCAUGAGGCAGUCGGUCGUCUCCCAGUCUGUGCACGAGGAUUUCCGAUGCAUGCCAGGUUUCCACUGAUUGCCACAAUUCAGGAUCACUACACAUGGAUCCCCCAAAUCAGGAUGGCAGCCGCAGCUCCUUAGUGGUGAUCCAGCAGCAGUCUGUGGAUGGCCAGCAAAGGUUAGACUGCGAAAGGGACAUUCAGCCUGCUGCAAUUCUGUCCUUAGACCAGAUCAAAGCCAUCAGAGGAAGCAAUGAAUACACAGAAGGACCCUCAGUGGUGAAAAGACCUGCUCUUCGGACGGCACUGAGACCAGAAAAGCAGGAAAGAACUCAUGAAACCAUACCAGCCAAUGUGAACCACAGCUCUGAGCAUCGUCCUUCCAGCCAUCUGGGACAUGCAGGACUCCCCAGCAGUGCCAGGGGCCCUGUGUUGAGCAGAUCAACCAGUACAGGAAGUGCAGCCAGCUCUGGGAGCAACAGCAGUGCCUCUUCUGACCAGGGCUUGCUGGGAAGGUCACCACCCACAAGGCUGGUCCCCAGUCAUAGGUCUGACAGGGCCAUCCGGACCCAGCCAAAGCAGCUGCUUGCAGAUGACUUGAAGGGUUCCUUGAAAGAGGACCCCACCCAGCACAAGUUCAUUUGUGAACAGUGUGGGAAGUGCAAGUGUGAAGAAUGCACAGCCCCCAGGACCCUGCCCUCCUGCCUGGCCUGUAACCGCCAGUGCCUCUGCUCCGCAGAGAGCAUGGUGGAGUACGGAACCUGUAUGUGCCUGGUCAAGGGCCUCUUCUACCACUGCUCCAAUGAUGAUGAAGGGGAUUCUUAUUCAGAUAACCCAUGCUCCUGUUCACAGUCUCACUGUUGCUCGAGAUACCUGUGUAUUGGAGCCAUGUCUGUGUGUUUACCCUGCUUGCUGUGUUACCCACCUGCCAAGGGCUGCCUGAAGUUGUGCCGGGGCUGUUACGACUGGACCCACCGCCCAGGUUGCAGAUGUAAGAACUCCAACACAGUCUAUUGUAAGCUGGAGAGCUGGCCUUCCCGGGGUCAAGGGAAGCCGUCAUGAUUUGUGGAGGUGGGUUGGACCUCAUGAACUUUUAAGCUAUCAUAAGUUGUGGUUGUUAAGAAACAUGCUGUUAGAUAGUGACUGUCUUCUGUAGAGCUUUCCCCUGUUUUCUGCCUCCUCCUCUUUUCCCUGUUCCAAAGGUGGAUUUCACUCUACUCUUCUCAGUCAGAGUGGACUGAAACUGCCUGCCUCACCUCUUAAUAGCAGUGAGAGCCUCGUAUCCAUUCCUGACAGUGUUGAGUAGCCAUUUUGUUCUGCAAGUGACUUUCCGAAGUUGUGUCCAUGAACAUGUGUCUGUCUACACCACGGCAGCUCAGCAGUGGCUUUGGCCAGGAACUGAGGUAGCAGGAAAUUGAUUUAUUAAAAAACAAACAAGCACUUAAGUGCUUUAGUGAGCUCUGUAUGGAAUCUGCCUAUAGUAAGAGCUGUCUUCAUGGUAUUGGACCCUUAAGCAGAGUGGGAGGAUUUGUUUUUGUUAUAUAGUUUCCCUUUAGUCCUCACUGCCUCUCUCCUCUUUGGCUCUGAGUGCUAACUCAGAUGUUCAUGUGUUUUAUUCCCAUUUUUUUCCCUGUGUAAUUCUGAGCUCACUUUACUAUGGCAGUCUUCACACUGAAGAUUGGAGACUUACACAUUCCUAUUCUAGCUUUUAUAUUUGUAAAGGACUCACAUCCCUGCCCUCCACAUCCUACACUUUUCACCAAAUUUCUGUUGUCAUUGAGGGCACUUGGGUAACUAAAGUUGAAGUUCCUAGUUCCUAGCUGAUCUGCCUGUAGGCGUUGCAGAGCUUUGCUGUCUAAAGUGACCUUGGCUUCUUCUGGCUCUUUUAGACCCUUAGUUAACCAGCUGAGUGAUUCUAAUCUUCCCUGUUUUUUGUUUUUGUUUUUUUUCAUUGCCUUAACCACAAAUUGUGGUGCUGUUUUGUAUAUUUUAUGUAUAAAUCACAAAGUUGAAUUCUGGCUAUUUUUAAGACAGAAGUCUGUUAAACUUUUUUAUUGUAAAGAAUAUUUAUUAUGCGACUAUUAUUUUAUGAUAUUUAUUGCAAAAGACUGUUGAAAUGUACUCAUGUCUGAAUAUAACAAAAUAUCAAUACUAAAUGGAAAAUAAGGUGACACGAAGAAAGAACAUAUGUUAACUAUAAUGCAGAAAAUAUAUUAAUUAAUGUGAAA